AUGAUCUUCGGAUUAAGAAACGGAGCCCAAACUUUCCAAAGAUUUAUGGAUUCGGUGGUCCUCAAAGAUCUUGACUUCUUAUUCAUUUACCUCGAUGACGUCAUCAUCGCCAGUGACUAUGCAGUCAGCCAUAGAGAACAUUUAGACAAAGUUUUUCAGAGAUUUAACGAGUAUGGGGUGACGAUAAAUGUUUCUAAAUGUGACUUGGGUAAGGAGAAGUUAGAGUUCUUAGGAUAUGAGGUGUCGUCGGAGGGAGUACGUCCCCUUGACCGCAAAGUGCAGGCUAUCGUCAGUUAUCCGAGACCGGAAACCGUCGAGCAGCUACGCCGAUUCCUAGGUAUGUUGAAUUUUUACCGAUCUCAUAUUCCUAUGGCAGCCGACUAUCAGGCAGAACUUAACGCGUAUUUGCAUAAUACUAAAAAGCGCGAUAAAACUUUAAUUGACUGGACUGAUAGGGCCAACGAGGCAUUUUUGAAGUGUAAAGAGAGCCUAAAAAGCGCUGCUACGCUUCAUUAUCCUUCACCCGACGCGGACUUAGCGCUGAUGACCGACGCUUCGAACACUAGUAUCGGUGCAGUAUUACAACAAAAGGUAAAUAAUAUUUGGCAACCACUUGGUUUUUUCUCAAAAAAGCUGUCUGAGUCUGAAAAUAAAUACUCAACCUAUGAUAGGGAAUUGUUAGCAGUUUAUAUGGCCGUCAGACAUUUUAAAAAUUUACUGGAAGGUCGCAUUCUAACAAUUUUUACGGAUCAUAAGCCGCUAGUGUAUGCAUUCCUUAAAGUCGGUAACGAUAAGGAAAGUCCGAGGAGAGUCCGACAUCUCUCGUACAUAAGCGAGUUUACCACUGAUAUUCGCUAUAUUAACGGAACACAAAACGUAGUGGCCGACGCUUUAUCGCGCAUAGAGACAAUAAAUUGCCCGACAAUAUUAGAUUACACGGACAUCGCAAUACAGCAAGCUAGUGACGAAUACCUACAACAAGCAUUAAAAGUGUCGGAUAGCAACUUGCAAUUUAAGCAGUGUCAUUUGCCCGGCUGUGACAAGCCUGUGUAUUGUGAAAUCUCAUCAAGUAAUAUUAGACCUUAUUUACCGAAACAAUUCAGGCAGUCAGCAUUUCAUUCCGUCCAUGACCUCAGUCAUCCUGGCAUUAAAACAACCAAAAACUUAAUAAAAAAAAAUUCUUUUGGCCAGAUAUGGAUCGCGAUGUAG